AUGGUUGUUCUCAGGCAGUUUGGGCUGUUGCUCUGGAAGAACUACAUCCUGCAGAAACGGCAGAUCCUGGUGACGGUCAUUGAAAUCUCCCUGCCGCUGCUCUUUGCCGCCAUCCUGAUAGCGCUGCGGCACCGGGUGCACUCCAUCAGCCACCCCAACGCCACCAUCUACCCCCCUGAGUCCGUGGAUGACCUGCCGGGCUUCUUCUACCGCCGGCACCCCAGCAACCCCUGGGAGCUGGCUUACGUCCCCUCCAACAGCAGCGCUGUCCGGAGCAUUGCUGAGGCGGUGGAGAGAGCUUUACCUGUCAGCAUCCGAGCUCAGGGCUUUGCCUCGGAGAGGGACUUCGAGGAGUAUGUCAAGUCGGACAACCGCUCGGGCAGCGUGCUGGCUGCCGUCGUGUUCAAGCACCGCUUCCACCAGAGCUCAGCCCUGCUGCCCCUCCAGGUCGAGUAUGAGCUGCGCUUCAAGUACAGCCCGAGGAACGCCCCACGGAGCGAGCAGACGGGUCUGAACCCCAACCUGGACCGGGACUGGCACACCAGCUAUCUCUUCCCACUCUUCCAGCUGCCCGGGCCUCGGGAGGCCAAGUUUGCUGAUGGGGGGACACCGG